AUGGAACAUCUCAACUCAAAAGCUGCAGCCAGCUCCGCAUAUCCCGGACCGGCUCUUCCAACGCCAAAUCACAUACGCCUCGUCUCUCUCCAGCCAGGAAGCGAUGACUCAAUCAUUUGUGAGCUAUUAAUUGCUGAAAUUCAUUCAAACAUCUCCUAUGAAGCAUUAUCAUAUACCUGGGGAGACCCUGAUGACCGCCAAACCGUCUUCAUCAAGUCUCACGAGCAUGAGCGACCAAAAGAGUUAUUUGUUACUUCUAAUUGUGUCUCUGCUCUUCGUCGUUUACGGUACCAAGACCGUCCGCGCAUCUUAUGGAUAGACACUUUGAGCAUUGAUCAAUCGAAUGUGGCAGAAAGAAAUCACCAAGUGUCUCUUAUGGCUGCAAUUUACUCCAGUGCCACAAACGUUGCCAUCUACCUCGGCGAGGCUUCACAGGAUAGCGAUCUAGCGAUUGAUUUCAUCAUAGAAUGCGAUAAACCGUCUGCAGAUACAAACUCGCUGAGCUACCCAAAAUCUGCAGAGUUGGUUCAAGCAUUAAGCAGCUUCUUCUAUCGACCUUGGUUUACAAGAGUAUGGGUCAUUCAAGAAGUCGUCUUACCGGCGACUGGCAUAGCAUACUGCGGGGACAAGACGCUAUCCUGGUCGGCAAUCAAGCAUUUCAAUAGUUGGAACACAACCAACAAAUGGCUACAACAGCUGCCAUUUGUAGUCUCCGCACCCAACGUCUCGCAGACAGAGCACCGUGUAAAGCUGCCGAUGCUCAAACUCCUUGUCCAAGCAAGACAUUGCGAAGCGACAGAUGCCCGAGAUAAAAUCUACAGCAUGUUAUCGUUGUUGGACACGUCAGACAAUCAAUUCAACCUCAAGCCACGAUAUGAAGAUGCAGUCGCCAAAGUCUAUACAGACUGCGCCCUGGCCCUCAUGGCUGAUAACGGCUAUGACCUUCUCAGUGCCGUGCAAGGAGGUUCAACAAUUCAUGGUCUGCCAUCAUGGGUACCAGAUUGGAGUGUCCAACCCAAACGCGAAAUUCUUGGGACAUCUUUGCGCAUAGCACACAACAGACCCCGGAUGUUCCAAAAGCCAGCGGAUAAUCCCAAAAGUCCACAGAUCAUCUUGGAUCAAUCUACCACCGGUACGAUGAAACAAUCCGCGAGAUUACGCAUAGCUGGCCACGCAUGUGGCAGGAUUAUAAAACUUGGCUCGCCAUAUCGCGCCGGCCAAGGCCUUUUUCCUUUAGACGAGUGGAAGUCUUUAUCACAAGAUGAGGCUAUGGUUAGUAGAAGAAAGGCAAACAUCGUACCUCAAUACUACCGCGCUAAAGCCUUCGAUGAAUAUUUCUUUUACGAAGUUAUAAGCACCUACAGCGCUGGGUAUUCUAGUGCAUUUGUUCAUUUCAUCAAAAGCGAGCGAGCGCUAGAGGGCGAGGCAUCCGCACUGAGUUGGGAAUCUCGCGUCAGGCAAAUGGCUUCGGAAAGGAAAUCUACACAAGCCACGGAAGGCUCUGUGUUGCCAUUUACAGAUAUUCCAUUCCAUCUUGCGGCAAAAGACUAUCCUCCCAGUUACGAGGGCUAUGUCCAAGCCAUCUUGAAGCAUUGUCACUCUCGUCGCUUUUUCAUCACCGAUACAGAUUACAUGGGCAUUGGACCCGAAGGGCUUGAGAUUAAUGACGAAGUCUACAUUUGUGUCGGCGCUGCAGUUCCAUUCGCAUUCAGGGAUAUCCACAAGAACGGCAUCGCCCAAAGUCCAAAAGUUGUCCAGUUGGUAGGAGAAUGCUAUACAGACGAAAAGGCGUGGAAGGACCUGGAAGAUCGAAAUAGCUCGCCUCAGUAUUUUGAUGUUAUAUGA